GCGAACAUGGGUACGAAAAACAGAAUUGAGUGCAUCUUUUUCAGUGAAUUUCAUCCAACUUUGGGACCAAAGAUUACUUACCAGGUGCCAGAGGAGUAUAUCUCCAGAGAGCUAUUUGAUACUGUGCAAGUAUACAUCAUCACCAAACCAGAGCUGCAAAAUAAACUGAUUACAGUCACUGCAAUGGGAAAGAAACUAAUUGGAUGCCCUGUUUGUAUCGAGCACAAGAAAUACAGCCGCAAUGCUCUUCUCUUCAACCUUGGUCUUGUGUGUGAUGCCCAGACAAAGACAUGCGCUUUGGAGCCCAUCGUGAAAAAGUUGUCAGGAUACCUCACUACAUUGGAGUUGGAAAGUGGAUUCAUAUCAAACGAGGAGAGCAAGCAGAAGUUGUUGCCCAUCAUGUCAACACUUCUGGAGGACCUCAACGCUACUGGAGCAUGCACUCUUCCUAUUGAUGAGUCAAAUACCAUUCACCUCAAGCUCAUCGAACUGAGAAAGGAUCCCAUCAUUGUUCAGGAAUAUGAUGUUCCAGUGUUCUCUCAAAAUAAAGAUCAUUUUAUCAGGACACAAUGGGACCUCACCACACAGCAGAUCCUGCCUUACAUUGAUGGAUACCGACACAUCCAGAAGAUCUCAGCAGAGGCUGACGUGGAACUCAACCUGGUGCGGAUCGCCGUCCAGAAUUUGCUGUACUACGAUGUUGUCACACUAGUAUCAAUAUUUCAGUACUCCAAUGUUUACUGCGCAACCCCAAAUGUCCAGACACUUAUUGACGACAAGUCACUUCAGGAGGAGUGCCUGCAUUACGUCAGCAAACCAGGACAUCGGGCAAGUCUGAGGGAUGUGUUUCAGCUCUACUGUGGUCUGACUCCAGGCACCACGGUGCGAGACCUCUGCUCACGGUACUCUGUUCAACUUCAAAAGGUUGACGAAAGGAAGCUUAUUCAGUUUGGGCUGACGAAAGAUUUGAUUCGCCGGCUGCAGAAGUAUCCAGUCAAAGUGAUCAGAGAUGAGCGCAGUCGACCACCACGCCUCUACACGGGCUGCCACAGCUACGACGAGAUUUGCUGCAAAACUGGAAUGAGCUACAGGGAGCUGGAUGAGCGGCUAGAGAAUGAUCCAAACAUCAUCAUCUGCUGGAAAUGAGCACUGAUGGGAUAGGAUGCGAUGGGGUGUGUUUACCCAUGAUGGGCCAUCUUGCUGCUCCGAAAUGGCAACAGUUCAUUUCGUGUCGGUGUCAUGGCUAGUGCGACUUGAGUCUACCACAGAACUCUUGAUGGUGCUGUACCCACUGCAGGACUAUAGAGAAGAGAGACGUUGAACUACAUACAAAUGGCCACACUAACUCUUCCAUGUUGACUUUGCUUGUCUUGUAUGCUCGUGUGGUUGACCACCAGUAAAUGCUGAGGUUCAAACCUGAAAACAUGUAUACAGGCAUACUAACAAACACACACAGAAACACAAGCGAACGAUUUUAGUGUGGUAUCAUCAAAUCAUGGAGCAAAUGUUGGCCGAAAGGGCAAAAGGCAAAAGUUGCCAAGGCAACAACAUUUACGAUUUUUCAGGUAAAAAUGCAAUAUUGUAUUUAAAAGUUUGGCGGAAAAUCUCACUCUUCUGAUGCACACAAUGUCAGAUUUCCACUUCUCAGACAUUAUAGAACAGGAUACAGAUUCCAUGGAAUUACGCAUGUGUGUAACAAGUGUCUGCUAUAAUUCAAGGAAUGUUUAAAGAUUAAAACAAUUUAAUGUGUUUUAUUAUUGAUUUGUAAAUUUUAGAGCAAUGAGUUGAAUGUAAGCAGGUGUCAAUGGAGAUUCACACACACACACACACACACACAUACGCGCGCAUGUGCACACACCUCUGUUGGUCAACAUUUAACAU